GACCUCGAAGGACGAAAGAGGUCGAAGAGGGCAUUUCCUCCUCCUCCUCCACCUUCUCUCUCAAUUUUCUACUACACUUUCCUCCUCACAUCUUAUUUCCAUUGCGUAGCUUCCGUUCCGUUCGAAUUUUGCACGUCCAGUCGUGCUCGCGAAUUCACCAAAAAUUCUUCCAAAAAGUGUCGUUCAAGGCCGAAGGAUGCGGUUUCAGCGACUUCUAGGGAUUUUUCUGCUCUGCUGUCUUCGAGAGUAUGUGACUGGCGCGUGUCCUCGGAUUUGUCCACCAAGUGGUGAACCGGUAUGUGGAAGCGACGGUGUCAUCUACGCUUCGCAAUGCGAAAUGCGGAAGAAGAUGUGCGGAAAAGGAGUGACGAUUUCGACGGAGAAAACACCAUGCUUGAGGUCAUCAGGCAGCAAAUGUGAACACCGUUGUCCGGGUGAUCAAGACGCAGUUUGUGGCACAGAUGGCCGGACCUAUCUGAACAAGUGCAUGUUGAGGGUGGAAGUCUGCAGGGUGGGAAUCGAACUCUCCCAUUUAGGACCCUGUAACAACAUCUCAGCUCACAGAGAAAACUGCCCAGUCUCCUGUGACUACGCUCCCCUUGAUGGACCGGUUUGCGGAAGCGAUGGAAAUGUCUACAAGUCCACCUGCCAGAUGAAGCUCCUCACCUGCGGACAGGGUGUAGUGCGAACGAAUAAGAAACAUUGCCAGACAACCAGGCAUUGCCGAGAAUCAUGCUGGCGAGGUGCCAAACCAGCUUGCGGAAGUGAUGGGAUCCUUUACUCAAACACUUGCAAAAUGCGAGCGAAGAACUGCGGGAAGCACGUAUUUGAGGUACCAAUGUCCUUCUGCGUAUCUCGAGAGAGAACUUCAGGAAGUGCGGCUACAGCCUGUCCUCUCGACUGUAAAAAUGAACCAGAAGUUUCCGUUUGCGGAUCUGACGGACUUAUCUAUCGAAACGAAUGUGAGAUGCAGAUGCUUAAUUGCGGGCAAGCUCGAAGAAAAGUGAGCGUAGUGGAUUUCGACAAGUGUAAGACUCGUCUUACAAAGUGCAUGAAACAGCAAUCUCGAUGUGCAAGUGAAGUGGAUCCGGUUUGCGGAAGUGAUGCAAACACCUAUUCAAAUCAAUGUCUCCUGAAUGUGGCAUCCUGUUUAAAGGGAAUCCAAUUGGCCCAUGUCGGUCAGUGUACAACCUUGAAGGAAACAGAACAAUGCCCUGAAGAUUGCAAUGACGUGCCCGAAGAACCAGUUUGUGGAAGCGACGGAAACGUUUAUCGAUCUUUGUGUCACCUGCAGCGUGAGACUUGCGGUCAAAGAGUUGUUCAAGUCCCUGCCCAGCAUUGCCGCACCACUGCACUCUGUAACCAAAUCUGCAACGGAGAACGGCAGUUUGUUUGCGGAUCCGACAACAAAUUGUACCGCAAUGAAUGUGAAAUGAAGAGGGACAAUUGCGGGAAACAUGUUUACGUGGUGCCAAUGAAACGUUGCGUACAAGGAUUCCUGUUUCGAGGAUGUCAAAAAAUUUGUCCACCGUUUUACGACCCCGUUUGCGGAACUGAUGAAAUGACCUACAGCAACGAAUGUUUCCUCGAGAUCGAGACCUGCCGCAGUAGAAAUCACGUGACGAAAAAAUAUCUCGGAGUUUGCGGUCAGCCGACUGAUGAGCCAAAAAAUUACUUGUAUUAGAUCCGCUUGGAUAACCGAUCAUCUAAGCUGCCCCAGUCAAACAAAUCAAUCGAGCAAGAUUGAUUCAAUAUCGUCGAUAGUGGAAAAUCACCUCCUUCCGUUUUCACAAUCGAUCUUUCACCGAGGUUGUUUAUUGCUCAAAACUUGCUAGUUUGGCAUUGAGCUAAAAAAAGGGUUUCGACAAAACUGCUAUUUUUUAUUUUACACAUUUGCCGAAAAUUUAUGCAAUUUAAAUUUGCAGAUCAUUAUCAAUAUGCAAAUAGAACUGAUUUCUUUUAAUUUGAAUUUCGUGUAAAAUUUUCACACAUUUUACACAAUUGUAAUUAUUUUAUUUUGUUGUUGGGACACAAAAAGAACUUGGACUUUCGUUCGAGAUUUUGAAUUUUAGAGUUUUUCCAGUGCUCGAAAAGUUGGGUAUGAUGCCUGACAAUCAAAGUGAGAAAAGAAAUAUAAGUGAAGACGAUUUUAGAAAAAUUCUGCCCUUGCGAUCUGAGGUGCCUAUGACUUUCUUAUUUAUUAUUUUUUUUUCCUUAAUGAUGAAAGUACCUCCGGUCGACCAAUGGACAAUCACGAUGUGCCAAAAAGCGAUUCGCUCAAAAUUGGAAGUUUUUUCUCUUUUGCAUACAAUCUUUCUCAUUGAAAAUCGAUUAAAUUGACGAAAAAGUUGAGAAUGAGUAUUUUCCUAACUAACAAAAAUCAGAAAUAAAAAUGUAUACAAAACAUUUUCACUGCCAAGAAAAAGGAGGAUUAAUUAAUGAAAUGGAUUCUGUGCAAAGGAGUUACAGAAGUUCCUCCAAAAUUUUUAACUUAUUUAUAAGAAAUCUUGUAAUAUCGCCGUUUUAUCAAAAAUUUAAUACUUAAGAUUUAAUGCUGUUUAAAUGAUUCAAAUACAUAAUUUAUGAAUGUGAUUAAUAUUAUUUUGAAAAUAAAUCAAAUGAGCUUUGCAUAUAAAUUUAGAAUUGAAGCGGCGACCUAAAUUGGAUGCUCAAUUCGCAUUUUUUAUGCCUUCGCACAUACGUGACAGUAGAUGCAUAUUAUUUAUUUUAGAACUAAUUUUGAUGAAAUAUAUCACUUGCAUUUGACCACAAUUGCUUUUCAAUCCUUUUUAGUAGAAUUGUAAUUUCUAAAGAUUUUAUUAUUUACAGAUGCAUUUAAGAAUUGGUUUUCAAAGGUUACUUUCAAACUAUGUAAUAUUUCCCUAUAUAAAAGAAAAUGAAUAAAAAUGUCCCUAGAUUAAAAACCUUUCAAUACGUAGAUUUUAGAUAUUUUGUCACCAUUACGCAGUUUAUUAAUAUCGCUAGAAAUUUCUAGGAAUUAUAUCAAAAGAUAUGCUCUUAUUUUAAAGAACCUGCGUAUUUAACCUUUGAUAUGUGAUUUGUUCAUAUAAAUACUAUUACCCCCACUUAUUAUAUUAUUAUUGCUACUCAUUCCAUGUCCUUAAUUUAUUACUGAUCAUGUGAGCAUCGUUUUGUAUUGAAACUAACACUGUAAGCAUUUGUCUAUAAUAAAUUAUAUACAUAUAUUUUACAAUA